AUGACCGCCACCACCACCUCUUUCGCCAGUCCCUUGUUCUGCUUGACUGUCAUUCCCCCCUUAAUCGUGCCUCCAUUCCCGUUCUUCAACAUCGCCGGCUCCGAGUCUGUCAGUAAGCGGCGGCGGUGGAGGAAUACCAAAUCCAGUUUCAGGUCCACUCCACCCACUUUGUCGUACAGUUGGACCAAAAUUAUUGUGAUCAGGAUCGGGAUAGGGACCACCUUGAACAGUCUGUUGUUGUUGUGCCUCGGGAGCAUAACCACCACUUACGGGCACUUGCUGCUGCUGGUAUUGUUGUUGAUGAUAAUAUUGCGGUUGAGGAUGUUGGACUUGAACUUGAUGAUGGUAAGAGGGACUGGCAGGAGGGAACGAAGGUCUAGUAGGACUUUGCCGCUGUUGAACAAGAGGACUUGACGAUCCCUCUUUCACUGACCCCAUUCGGGCACGACGACGAGGUGAGGGAACCGGAACUGGCGACGCACGAUCACCAAGAUUACCACCA